UAAACUAAGCAAUGAAAUUCCUUGUUUACGCCUACGCUAGGUUCAAGAUGGCUGCUGGGGACAACAGCGGCAGGCCUCCCUGCCUUAAUUUCUCCGGUCCGGGUCCUUUGGGAAACAGCCAGCCCAGCAACAGCGUUUUCUCCAUGCCAGCAACCAACGGCGGAGCGGUUGGGGCGACCGGGGGAGCACAGGGGGCUGCGAGACGCCCCAACCCGCAGCUAGGGCCUGGCGGGGGAGACAGCAACGGCGUUGCAACCGGAGCUCCGCCGACUGCGCAGAACUCCCUGCAGCAGUCCGCUGCGGCAGGUGCUGCGGCAGCCGGAGCCAUGGCCACCCCGGCGUCCAACAUGGCAACUACUGCAGCGUCCAACGCGCCCCAGGCGGCAGCGCCCACCGCCACUCCGGCGGCUGCGUCCGUGCUGGUGUACCGAGAGCCGGUGUACAAUUGGCAGGCGACGAAGAGCACCGUGAAGGAGAGGUUCGCUUUCCUGUUUAACAACGAGGUGCUCAGUGACGUUCAUUUUUUAGUGGGCAAAGGAAUGGGGGUUCAGAGGAUACCUGCACACAGGUUUGUUCUGGCCGUGGGCAGCGCUGUGUUUGAUGCCAUGUUUAACGGCGGGAUGGCGACGACCUCAACUGAAAUUGAGCUUCCUGAUGUGGAACCAGCUGCUUUUCUGGCCCUGCUGAAGUUUCUCUACUCCGAUGAGGUCCAGAUUGGUCCCGAGACAGUGAUGACUACACUAUACACAGCCAAAAAGUACGCAGUGCCAGCCCUGGAGGCUCACUGUGUGGAGUUCCUAAAGAAGAACCUGAGAGCAGACAAUGCCUUUAUGCUGCUCACACAGGCCCGCUUGUUUGACGAGCCUCAGCUUGCCAGCCUCUGUCUAGAAAACAUUGAUAAGAACACUGGAGAUGCUCUCGCUGCUGAAGGCUUUACAGACAUAGAUCCGGAUACAUUGGUGGCAGUGUUGGAGCGAGAUACUCUUGGGGUGAGGGAGGUGCGUUUGUUUGGUGCUGCGGUGCGUUGGGCGGAGGCAGAAGCCCACAGGCAGCAGCUGCAGCCCACGCCUGAAAACAAGCGCAAAGUCCUGGGCAAAGCUCUAACACUUAUCCGCUUCCCUCUCAUGACCAUUGAGGAGUUUGCUGCAGGUCCAGCCCAGUCCAGUAUUCUGACUGACAGAGAGGUGGUGAGUCUCUUCCUCCACUUCACAGUCAACCCAAAGCCUCGUGUAGAAUUCAUUGACCGGCCCCGCUGCUGCCUCCGCGGGAAGGAGUGCAGUAUCACCCGGUUUGGGCAGGUGGAGAGCCGCUGGGGUUACAGCGGGACAAGCGACCGCAUACGGUUCUCAGUAAACAGAAGGAUAUUUGUGGUUGGCUUCGGUCUCUAUGGCUCUAUACACGGACCCACAGACUACCAAGUUAACAUACAGAUCAUUCACACAGACAGUAACACAGUGCUUGGUCAGAAUGAUACAGGCUUCAGCUGUGAUGGGUCAGCCAACACCUUCAGAGUCAUGUUCAAAGAACCAGUGGAGAUAUUACCCAACGUCAACUACACUGCCUGCGCUACACUGAAGGGUCCAGACUCUCAUUAUGGGACUAAGGGAAUGCGUAAGGUAACGCACGAGUCAUCAUCCACUGGCACAAAGACGUGUUUCACCUUCUGUUACGCAGCGGGCAACAACAACGGCACUUCAGUAGAGGACGGACAGAUUCCUGAGGUGAUCUUCUACACAUAGUCGCCCCUCAUAUACCAGCUAUCUUCCAUCAAAUGUGACGAGAACAUGACACCAGCUCGGGGGGGCCACUCCUCAGCAGCCCUACUGGGGACUAAAACUCUCAGACAUUAUACUGCUCCCUCCAUGUAGUGAGCAACUGCUGACCACACUGGAGGUCAAGUAGCCAUUAAGCGAUGUAGGUCACUACAUGGGGUGUAGCUCGUCAUUUGAGAUGCUCUCUCUCUCUUUCUACUGGCUUCCUUUAUCCCUUUGUGUCGUAUAAUGCAAGUCUCUGAAUCAGACAUGACUGUAAGUGACUCCACAAGGGAAGGAGAGAAGGAGGGAGGAGCCUCUCAGAUAAUUCACAGUAUCAAUAUCGAUGCUGUGGAUAGCAGCAUAAGACUUGACACUGAAUUCUAAUUAAGCUGUACAAUUCCCCUUUCUGUACGCCACAGCAUCAAUGCAAAAGAGAGCUGCAAAUGUAUGAAUGUACAGAUUAUCAGAUUUGCCAAGCGAAGCUCCUCAUCACCAAUGAGUAGUGACCAGCAUUUCACAAUUCUUCAUCAGCUGUAAGUACCAUAAACCCCAGCGGCUUUACGAACUCUUGGUGAAUUUGAACCAUUCUUCAUUUUAAGCUUAACAACUUGAUAAUGGUAAGACAUUUUGUUGGGGUUUCUACAUACAGUACAAUCUGUGAUAUCUUGUGUCCUUGCUUGGUAGUUGCCUAUACUCAAGAUACCUUGCACUUCUCGGCCUUGCAUAUGUUCAUUCGCUGUUCUAUGGAUGCACACUAACUCUUCAGAUAUGUUUCAUUCUAGCUUUGUUUUUAAGAGUGUGGGCGGAGGGGCUUUCCCUCUUGGUCAGAGGGUUGUAUAUUAAAGUGGCAUUUAUUAACAUUAUAUGUAACUUGAAAUAACUAUUGAUUAAAGAGUGAGGAAAAAGUA